UCAUUUAAAGUGAAUUUUAAAUAAAAGUCGGUGAUGGUUGAAAACCUGAGGUGGAUAUUUCCAUAAAUAACUUUCCUGGGAGGGAAAUAGAUUGGUGACGCCUUCUCUGCUCACAUGGGUUUGUCUAAAGCUCCAACUCCCUUGGGCGACUCCCACGUCACCAGCACAUAAAAGAAGCGCCCGUGCGCCGCAGACUGCACGAUCCCAGGACAGCGUCUCAGCAGCGGGACUUUAUGCGCAACAACAAAAACAACAACAACAACAACAACGCACUAACGAACGGCUCGUGCUGACUUGUCACCUGAACACAAAUGGAUACGGAUGGGAAAUGGUUCUUGUUUACGCAGAACAACCGCGAGCGGAUCCGCGCCGUGGAGAACUCGUUCGGGCCGUCGGGGAAGCCGCUGUACGAACCGGGUCGGUUUCUGCUGGGAGAGGGUCGGCUGGUGAAGAUGACCCGCAAGGGGCCACAGCCCAGAAGGUUCUUCCUGUUCAACGACCUGCUGGUGUACGGCAGCAUCAUCGGCCGCUGGCACAAGAAGCAGAUGAUCAUCCCCCUGGAGGACAGCCAGCUUGAGGACCUAGAGAACGGAUUAUCAAUAAAGAACCAGUGGCUGAUCCGUACGCCACGCAAGUCCUUCUACGUGGCAGCCGCCUCCCAGGAGGAGAAGCGGGCCUGGAUCCAGCAUAUCGAGGACUGCCGGUCCAUUCUGCUGCUGAACAGGGGCUUCCGGACCAGCUGCCACUUUGCCAAAACCUGUAUCCCCGACUACGCCUCCUCGGUCUGCAUGCGCUGCUUCGGCAGGUUCUCCAUGACCCAGCGACGACGCCACUGCCGGCAAUGCGGCUUUGUGGUCUGCGCUGCGUGCUCCAAGACCCGAGUGGUGAUCCAACACAUCCACCCGACUAAGUGCUUGAGGAUCUGCACCGGGUGUCACACAAACUCCUCGACCAGGACGACAGAGGAGGCCCAGCAGGUGUGUCACUGGAACGAGCACCACACAGAGAGGAGAAGCUCCGAUGGAGAGGAGGAAAACUUGUACAGUUCAUGAAUGGCUGAUGUCAUACACUAAGUAAAGAGGUGUCACCCAACUGACACUAUGAAACGGGGUGUACUACAUGUGUACUACAUGAAAUUUUGGUUACAUACGUGUUCUCCACUCUAAAUGUCCGGAUGACAGAGGCGACAGUAAAACGGCUCAAGUUUGGCUGCAUUCUCUGUCCAGCCUCUUACAUUGUCAGCCCAUGGUUGAUGACAUGAUCUACUAAGGUUGCUCUGAUUUAAUUUGAAAGUUGUUGUCUUCUUUGGCCAUGAACUCCUCUACCUGCUCUACCCCUACCUCCCCCUGUCAUUCUCACCCUUCCUCUUCCGCUCUCUGCAACGUCUUCCAUUGUUGUUGUAAAAAAAGUUGCUCACCUGUAGUCUUUUCAUAGUGCUUACAUCCUGAUUGAAGUGUUAACAAUUAACCAUUGAGGUGUUUGGCCAGGUGGCACAUAUGUUGGCCAAUUAGCUCUGUCAUUUUGAAUGGCAGUGUUUCGAAAAGGCAAACAUUGCCAGAUUGCUGUGUCUUAUGCAGAGAACCGACAUGUAAGUGUUACCACAAACUAGCAGGCCACUUUGGUAUAGAACAGACAUUCUCCAUCCUACGGUGACCCAUGAUGUAGAGGACUGGAAUAAAGCCUGCCCACGAUGUAUCCUCAACAAGGGCGCCCCACAGAGAAUUAGCCCUCUGGUGUCAGUGCGCACUUCUAUGCCUCUGGAGCUGGUAAUGAUGGACUAUUUAAAGAUGGAUUGCUACAUUGGUGGCUUCCAAAGCAUACUGGUAAUCACUGACAAUUUUACGGAGUUUGCUUGGGCCAUCCCCACUCUGGACCAGAAAGCAACGACCACAGCUAAGGUACUCUAGCAACAUGUGUUUCAACCUUUUGGAGCACCACAGCGUCUUCACUCAGACCAGGGGGCCUGCUUUAAGGCAGUAAUCCAGGAACUGUGUAAACUGUAUGGGACAGUCCAAAGCCAAACAACCCUGUACCAUCCAGCAGGAAACGGCACGUGCGAAAGGUUAAAUUUAACUUUAAUUGACCUUCUUGGGUACUCUAGAAGAGGGCAAGAAAGAGUUGGCCGGACCACGUGGGAGACCUGGUCUUUGUGUAUGAAGAUGCCUUUGCAUUGCUCCACUGGUUCCACCCCUUUUUAUCUUAUGUUUGCCAGACAUGGCCGACUUCCCCAGGAUGUAAUGCUUUGCUUACCCCCCUCAAAAGAAGCCUGGGAACAAGGAGGACAAGCAGUUGCACACCAAAAAGAAGUUUAGGAUUACUCUGCCAAAGAAGCCUCAACCCAGAACCCAGUAUAUAUAGUCAGGAACACGGUACUGGGAGAGAAUGUGUACUACACCGCAACAUGCUACGCCCAGGCCCACUGCCCCCCGGGUUUUUACGGCUCUGUGAAAUCUCUGGGACCACACUUUUAGAUUUGAUCAUUUAAGACAUUGUUUUUAUUUUGAGGAUGACUGUUUUUUAACUGUAGUUUGUGAUCCAGAGUGGAAUAAAUUGUGUUGUAAAUUCA